AUGACGAAAACGAAAACGAGUAUGAGUACAAACGGACGAACUUCAUUGCAAAAGCCUACUACUCGCUCUUCUACUAUUAAAAAACAGACCGCUGUAGAGUCUGAUUCUCGAUCAAAUUUAACUGAGAUUGCUCGACCGAAACGCGGACGGAAGCCAAAAAAUACAAUAGUUUCAGCUACAGUUAACUUAUCUGAAACUGCUAAUGAAACUGCUAAUGAAACAACGGUUCCGAAACGCGGUCGUAAACGAAAGGCAACAGUCAUAGAAGAUAAUAUCACAGCUGAACAAGCAACGGGUAGCGAUCAAAAAACGAAUGAAAAGGUAAUAGAAGAAAAACCUUCUAAACGUGGACGUAAAAAUAAAGAGUUAACAGCACAGACAGAAUCUGUUAAAGAACCCGCUAUCACUAAUAAAGAGGAAGCUCCUGAUCUUUGUGAUAAAACUGAUACUGAAAACAAUGAUGUUGAUGUUGCGGAACCAAAGAAUGCGCCAAAACCCGAAAAACCUCUUGUAGAGAAACGGUUAGCUCGUUUCAGACACGUCUGUCCUGCUCCUAUUCAUGAUCGUAUUUAUCGCGCUGAAUCACAACGUAUGUACAUGGUUAGUCGAUCUACAAUUGACGAAUUAAAACAAGAAUUUGCUAUCUUGGGUUCAACUGGAAACAUUUUUGUUUAUCUAAGAGUUUUACGCUUAAAGCGAGAAAGCCCCUAUAUAUAUCAAAAGGCGCUCUUAUCUGAAGAACUACUUUCAAUCUUUGCGAAUGCUGCGCCAGACCCGACUAUUUUGGCUAGCCAGAAAGUUCGUGAACAUUAUAAAGUGCUUACUACAGGAGAGAGUUCUCAAUCAUCUGCUGAAAGUAGCACGGAUGAGAAACGCCGGCCAAUCGAAGGAGAUUGCCCUAUCUGCUAUGAACCUUUGGAAGAAAAGGAUCGCGAUAAUAUCGUAUGGUGCCAAGAAGGUUGCGGAAACAACCUUCACAAGGAUUGCUUCGAACAAUGGAAGAAAUCAAAACGUGGUGGGAGCGGAAAAGUUACUUGCGUUUACUGUCGAGGCGAGUGGGUAGAAGAUUCUACCGCUUCCGAAAACGGUUUAGUAAACGAAGAAGGUUAUGUUAACUUUGGAGGUAUCCAAGGAAUGAGCAAUAUACGGGGUAAAACAUCAAAUACACUUCAACCUACUACAAAUCUAAUCGAUUUUUGCGGCGAUCUUGGUAUUAAGAGCCAAAUUAUAAGUUUGGCCAAGUAA